CAUUCAGUGAAAUACCAGCCAAGUCCUCAACAAGGAGCAGUGUCACGAUGGUCAUGUUAUGGAUUAUAUUGCUUUUACUUCAUCAAGGAUAUACUCUAGUUCCAGUGAAAACUGUUCAGCUUGGUGAACCAGCGAACAUAACAUGUGCUUUGCCCAAUGUGGUCAGCAGUAGAGGAGUCCACUGGUACAAGCAGAGUGUCGGAGAUACUCUCAAAUUAAUAGUGUCACUGUAUGAAAGGGCAGCACCCGAGUAUGGUCAAGAAAUAUUUAAAUCAAGAUUUCAAGCACAUUAUGAUAAGAAAUUUAGCAACCUGACCAUUUUGAAAGCAGUCCAAGACGAUGAGGGAAUCUAUCACUGUGGAAUGAUAGAAUGGAUUAAUCCUGAAUGGACUGGAACAUAUUUGUUAGUUAAAGGAAAUAAUCAGCCAGCAUCAAAUUAUACUGUUGUUCAAUGGCCAACAGUGUUAAAUCCACUGCAUUCAGGAAAUUCAGUGACUCUCCAGUGUUCAGUCUAUUCGGACUCUGACAAGAUGUGUCCCAGAGAUUAUAAUGUGUUCUGGUUCAGAGCUGGAUCAGAUCAAUUACACCCAAGCAUCAUCUACACUGAUGGAAACAGACACAGUGAAAGUGAAAUAAUAUCAGACUCACAGGAGAGGUGUCUUUAUCGCUUCUCUAAGAAUGUCAGCUCAUCUGAUGCUGGGACUUACUACUGUGCUGUGGCCACAUGUGGGGAGAUAUUAUUUGGAAAUGGAACUAAACUGGACAUUGAAGUGCAGCCAACACAAUCAGGAUUUAUUCAAAUGGCAAUAUUAAUAGUUUGCUUGGCCAUUUCUCUCUUUGGAAAUGUUGUCUUGAUCUGUAACCGAAGAGUAUGUAAACCAUUUCAAGAUACUCCAAACAAGACCUCAAACCAAGCAGUACAUGAUCAUACUAAAGCUGAUGAAGAACUAAACUAUGCCGCACUACAUUUCUCUGAAAGAAAAACAAGGAGAAAGAGGAAGACUGAGUUUGCUGAGGAUAGUGUUUACUCUCAAAGCGAGACACGCAACCGUGGGACCUCACAGACUCCCCACCCCAUCGCUGUUAAUCCAGACCCCACCAUCUCCACCCCCUCUCCACAGCUGCUGCUGCAGGAUCCUACAGGAUCGGGGCUGUUUGAGGAAACCAUUAUCGACAUCAAGCUUGCAACCCACCAUCUGCUGAUGUUGGCGCUAAACGAGUUUCUACAGGAUACAUGCUACGGAUGUCAAAUAUCUCACCCCAGUCAGGUGCAACACAGCUGCUUGCUCGAAUUGCCCGAGUAUUUCUUUGACAUCUACUAUGACGAUGUGAUGAUAAGGCUCAAGACAGACCGAUUCAUCCCCGCCAUACGCCUGUUUGUGCGUUCGUACACAGUCGAUGGGACUGGAACACAAUUCAGCAGAAUUGCAGAACACACCAUGACUGAACUGAGAUCAUCACAACAUAUAGUAUGCGCAAUUAACGACAACAUUGUGCAGUUGCUAGAAGCAAGUCGUUAUGACCGACGUGCUAAACCAGCCAUGCUUCGCAUGAUUGGUAACUACUGGGCUGGGAGACACCUGGUUUAA